AUGGGUAUGAUUUGGAAAUCCGCCAUGCCUUUACUGACCACGUUGGCCGCUUUGGUGAUUAUAGUACAUUCUGCAGAAGAAGAUUUAGAGGCAGAGUAUCGACAUGACUUGAGGCCUAGAGCAUUGGAUACAGGAGCACCUAAUUACGAUCAGCCAUGGAGAGGAAUGGAAGCAGAACCACCGUUACAAGAACCACGGACUGCAGAUAAUUGGGAUAACGACUCACCAGACGGACUUCCGAAGCGUCGCAGAAUUGGCCGUAAACGAAAACGUCGUCCACAAACAAGUUCAACUGAAGACCUCAUACCACAGGAGAGAUUCGCUUAUCCUGAUGAAGCACCUCGACCAUAUUUCGACGUAGAUUUUGAUAACACUCGCCAAACCACCGAAAUGCCUAAGAGAAGACGAAAGAAACCAGAAAAUAGACCGUCCCGAUGGACAGAUGACGUCGUAGAGUUGGAGAGACCCAUGAGAAGGAGAGGACAGCGUAGAAAACGACCGUCACUUGACAAAUGGCCAGAAUUAAGUGAAUUCAGCCAAGCUGUACCACCACAACUUAACACAGAACCAUUGGAACAUCACAAUGUUGAUGAUAUGAGAGCAGAAUUACGAAGAGAUGCUCCAAUAUACGAAAAUAAAAAAGAAUUAGCAGAACUAAGCCCAACUAAAAUAAAAGUAGAAUUUGAUCAGCUUGGAACUAACAUCGAAUUUCCUUCGGUUGAUGAUAGGGAAGCUGUUGUUGAGCCUAAAGUUCAGCUGGUCGAAGAUAAAUCUUUAUCAGAAUUUUCAUCAGAAAAUGUAGGAAUGGCACCGUUAAGACCAAUGAAACGAAGUCAAAGUGUAAGCUCUCAGGAUCAACAUAACAAAACACCAGUUAGCAAGAAACUUGAUAAACCACAGGAUAGCAACUUAAUGGACCCAUUAACAUUAAAAGAUAUAUUAAAGAGAUCGAAUGGUACCAGUCUAAGUGAAAUAUUGCAACAACACAAUUUAUCAUUGACUGAUUUGCUUAAUGGUAAACAGCAUGCAGUAUCAAUAUUUAAGUCACCUGAUUCCUUAGAAAUCCAAAAUAAAAAUCCAACAGAGCCAAGAAAUGAUAUGAUAGAUAAUAAACAAGAUAUACGCGAGAAAGAAGCGGAAGAACAAACUUUGGUUAAUGUUGAAACGAAAUAUGCGUCUCAGCCAGCUGUGGAAUAUCCUACACCUGAUGAAACACAAACAGAUAUCCCUAAAAAAGAUGAGGAUGAAGAGAUCACAACCACUUUGAAACCUGUAGAACCUACUCCGAAAAUUUCUACAAGACGUCGUUUCCCAAUUGGAACGCGAAAGAAACUACGAAUGAGACCUAUGUUAAACAACACGUACAAAGGACAACUAAGUAGAGAUUUAGUAGCACUGAACUCCAGAAAGUACUCACAUCACAGAAGAAACGUCACAAAAUCUAGGGAAUGGAAGGAUGUCCUACCUAUGAUGCAGAAUAAUACUAAAGACGAAAAGAACACCACCACAAUUGAAAUUGAAACUACUACUGCUGCUGUCAUAAUCGAUGAGAGUACCAUAGCUAUUGAAGUUAUUAUCAACAAUAAUUCAUCUGAAGAAAUAAAUAUAGAGGAUGAUCAAAGCAACAAACUAGAUGACGUUAAUAUGGACAUAACAGAAACUACAGUUACUACAGUUACUUAUAUAAAAGAAACUACAACGGAAACACCUAAGCCGACGACAGAAAAACCAACAGUAGUAGUGAGACCUGCAGUUAAUACAUCAGGACUAAGACGACAAGCAUUCAAUAACAGAUUAAAAAGGAAACGUUUGAAGCAUAAGAAUGCUACGACGGAACCUCCACAAGACGACCUUAUAAAACACCUGUUUGGACUGGGUAAUUUAGUGUCAUCUUCUGAAUUCAUUGCAAGGACACAAGGCCCGAAAUCAGUUGAAGAAGACACUGAUACAACUGCAUUAGACGAUUUUAUUACAACUGAAAGUAGCCGCAACACAGAAAUUGAUCUUGCACAGUCCACAAUCAAAGUAUCAACAUUUGUGACACAACCACCCAGUGCAACAGAAGAAACUGCCAAAAUAGAAAUUGAAGAAAUUCUUAAUGACACUCGAACGAGUGCCAAGUUAUCCAAGAUAUUAAUGGAACGAAAUAUGACACUAAGCGAAUUAGUGGAGCAUAGGGAACGUGGAUCCAGCCAUGUGCAUUUGGCUGACAUAUUCCACAACGCAUCUCGGGAACCUAACCCACCAGAGCCGUUCUUAUCUAAGUCUCUUUUAGAGCCGAUAUCAAAAGAGACUUAUCCAUUAAGGGCUCUUCUAGAUGCAAAUUUACAUGAUCCAAAUACUAAAAUAACUACAGACGAACCAACCAUGAUAAAUAACGUACACAUUCCUGUAGUAAUGGACUACCGCAAUAACGUUAACGAAAAUGCAGAAAACAUGGGCAUUAUGUCUUUAUUCAAUAACUACACCAAGACAGGGAAUAAAAGCACAUCGAUGAAUGAUUCUGAAGGAAAACCUUAUAAGACAAGUAUACUCACCGCUGAUAUCACAAAUGCAACUAACGUUAGCGAUACAAACAGAGAAGGGCGAGUUCUCAAAGUUGAUCAAACCGAAAGUCAAGACGAUGUUGUUAGUUGGAAUGAAAUAUUCUCCUUGAUGGGAAGAAAUCACAAUAACGAUACACCUUCGAACACUUUGGAAGGGCUCAAGGACCCAAUAAAACCGUUCAAGAAAAUACGAUUAGAUGAAGACGCAGAUGGCGACGGUCUGAUCGUAUUAGAAGACCUACAACAUCUCACUAACUUUGAAAACAACAUUGCAUCGGCAUCAGAUGAGAAAAUAGAAAUAAAUCCAUAUGAAAGCAGUGAUCCUGUGCACGCAUCAGGUAUUCUAGAUAAAAUACCAAGUCAAACUAAAUCUGUGACCGUUGCUACGGCCAGUAUCGCUGGAUUAGCAAUGGUUUUAUUCUUAUUAACUUACGCGAUGUUUAAAUGGAAACAGCAGAGAUCGGUUAUAAGGAAAAAGCGCAGUUUCGGUGACGAGCGCAUUCCGACGCCAGUAUUCGAGAAUAGGAAAGGUCACAAAAACAACAGUAGUACACGCAGUAUUAGUCCAAUGUUGCAAACAACGAAUAUCUACACAUUAAACACGUUAGACUCACAGAAUGGCAAAGAUUCACCAGACUACAUGUGGGACACUUUGAGAAAACCAUUCCAGUAG